AUGGAGGUUCUUAGCAAUGUUAGUCUCUCCAGCGAAAAUGACAAGUGGUAUUGGUUUGAUGAUAAUCAAAAUGGUUUCUCGGUGAAGUCGGUCAAAAAGUCUUUGAUAGUGGAAAGAGGAACUAGUCACCCUCCUAACUUUAUAUGGUGUAAAUGGGUGCCUAUCAAAUGUAAUAUUAUGGCUUGGAGAGUCAACUUAGACAGAUUUCCUACGAGAGUAAAUUUAAGAAGAAGGAAUGUGGAUAUUCCCUCGGUCAUGUGUCAUUUAUGCGGCGAUUACGAGGAGAUGAUGGAUCAUUUAUUCACUGCAUGCUCGGUGGCUUUACGGGUUUGGUCGGUUUUCAGUGCUUGGUGCAACGUCCCGCCGCUUUUCUUUUUUGAAUUCAAAGACAUUUUAGAAAGUCACAAACUCAUAAAGAGUGGUAAGAAGGCGGAGAAAAUCAUCUACGGGCUGGUGAUUAUAGUAUGUUGGUGUAUAUGGAAAGGCAGAAACGAUACGGUUUUUAAUCAAAGAAAAUGUAGCCCAGGUGACAUCAUUGGGAGGUUAAAAUCUAGGGGUUAUGUGUGA